GCUGAUAGCCACAGUCGCCUCGGGUUGCAUUUAUGGUGGCCGUGUCCAUUGUGGGCUGCUUCAGCUUCAGUAAAAUGAAGAUUAAGGAGUUUCUGAGACUCUACGAGAAACCCAUCAACAUACCAGCUGGCAUCACGAGUGACAUCAUCCCCAAAUCACCAGAUCAGAAGCCGCCAUUGACUGAGAAGUCGUCGACUCUGGUUGCUGUAGACACAAGUCCUGAGAAGCAAUCAGGCGAAAGCAAGCACCAGGGGGAAAUUGAGACGCUGAUCAAGAAAUCUGGCAACCCAGAGAAUGAACUGACAGGCCCUUUGCCACGACAUUUAGGGAUGGCUCCAGUUCCCCAGAACCCCAGUGGUUAUAUUCAAGCUUUCUCCCCUGAUACAAUGUUGAACUAUGUGUCUAUAAAAGGUGAUUUGCUAUCCCCUGGGAGAGUGGCAGAGGAAGAGGCCAAUCCAGCUAAAAACGGGUGGGACAUUCUGCACAACUACAAUGGAGGAGUUUGGACACCCUGCAGAAGAAGCACCAACAAAUGA